CUGUACCCAGAUCUGGAGUUCUACUUGUCUGAACAUACAGCAAACCUUCUAUACCAAUCGGAGAACGUGUCUCAGCCCUUGAUCGUCGCGGACUCGCCUUUGCACAAAGCAGUACCACAAGAAGCGAACGAACAGCAUCUGCCUCCGCCCGACAGCCAGCGCGACAACUACUGCUCGUGUGACCUGACACUUCCCUUACUCGCACGAGCUUGGGCUGCUCCGACUCCUACCAGAGAUGUCAGGCCUAGAGAAGGCGCUCUUCAACUUGAAGUUCACAGCGAAACAGCUAAACCGGCAAGCAGCGAAGGCAGGCAAGGAUGAGCAGAGUGAGAAGGCGAAGUUGAAGAAGGCAAUCCAACAAGGCCACUCCGAUAUUGCGAAGAUCUACGCGCAGAAUGCGAUACGGAAACAGAAUGAGAAGCUCAAUCUGCUACGGCUGGGGUCGCGGAUCGACGCUGUGAGCUCGAAGGUGCAGACGGCGGUGACCAUGCGGCAGGUCACGGGCAGUAUGGCGAAUGUGGUCAAGGGGAUGGAUCAGGCGAUGAAGAGUAUGGAUCUUGAGAAGAUCUCAGCAGUAAUGGACCGCUUCGAGACGCAGUUCGAAGAUCUGGACGUCGCGACGGGCUACUACGAGAACGCGACAUCGAAUUCCACGGCCGUCGCGACGCCGCAGGAGGAUGUGGAUAAGUUGAUGAAUCAGGUGGCGGAUGAGGCGGGGGUGGAGUUGAGUCAGGAGAUGCAAGGGGCGACGCCUGCGAAGGACCUGAAGGCUGCACCGGCGGCGGAGGAGGAGAGGGAGGAUCGAUUGGGGGAGAGGUUGAGGGCGCUGCGAAGCUAGAAUUGGUUCAUGUGUUUCGAAUGAUGUGGUUGCGUGGAGUUGGUGGCGUUGCUGUGUUGUUUGGGGACUCGCCGAGGCGACUGCCUGGUUGUAUAGUGAUCCAUGACUUACGGCUCUUGGAUAGGCCCACACGGAUGCCUCUGAAAACAAAGCUACCU